CUUCUGUUCGGGUCUUCUCUUUCAAAACCAAAAAAACAAAACCGAGCAAAAGCCAUAACCAACCCUCUUCUUCUCUAUUUCCAAACAAAAAGAAAAGACCCUAACCAUAUAAACACCCCAACAGACCUCCACCACCACCACCACCACCACCACUACCACCGCGACGGUGUCGUUUAUAGUCUUGAAGCUUCUUGAAGAGUGUGUGUUUGAGAGUGAAGGAUCAAUUGAAUUCAAACUGAAACAAAAACCCUAGAAUUUAAUAAAUGACAAUGAAAAAUCCUCAAAUCUGAAUGGAAGCCCUAUUUUCUCUUCGUGGAUCGUUUGUUCAUUCUUGUUGUAGGUUUCUCCGUUUCGCUCUCUUUUCCUCUGGAGGUUGAAUUUGAUUCUACAGAGGAAGAAAGAGAGGCGCUCGCUUGCGGGCGUGUGCGUUUGUUAGUUGAUAAUUAAAGAGAUACGUAAGUGGCGAUGGGCAGUUCGGGAUCCGGUGCGGCAGAUUGUAGUAUUGGACCGAUUGUAUGGGUGAGAAGGAGGAAUGGGUCGUGGUGGCCGGGAAAGAUACUGGGGCCUGACGAGUUGGCCGAGUGUAAUCUCACUUCUCCGAGGACAGGGACUCCGGUCAAGCUCCUCGGCAGGGAAGACGCUAGUGUGGACUGGUACAAUUUAGAAAAAUCUAAGCGUGUGAAGGCAUUUCGAUGUGGUGAGUUUGAUGAUUGCAUUGAAAGGGCAGAAUCAGCCCAGGGCAUGCCGAUCAAAAAGCGAGAGAAAUAUGCACGUCGAGAAGAUGCAAUUCUUCAUGCACUUGAGCUUGAAAAACAACUGUUGAAAAAGCAAGGGAAAUUAGGCAGCACUACUGAUCAACAAAAAAGUAAAUCAUCUAGUUCUGCAAAGAAGGAGCCUGACAUUGCUUCAGAAAUCUGGGUAAAUAAUAGUGGAAAACCCGGGAAUGCCAAGUUGAAUCAGAUUUUGAACCAUGUAGAUACGAGUAUCAAAGAUGAGAUUGCUGCCAAUCCUAAGAAAGCAACAGAUGUAAAUCAGCCAAUCUCGGAAGAUGAUCAUUCUGAUGCAACACCACGGAUGAGAGGGUUGCAAGAUUUUGGGCUUAGAACUGCCCCAUUAAAGCGAAAGCUUCCAUCUGGUGAUACAGCUGGUCCUGUGACACCUAUGGAAGAUAAUCAAUUUCAAGCUCAUCCCGUUGGUGCCUCUAGCAUUGAAAGAACAAAUAAUGCAAAUGGAGCAGAGCAGAUGGGAGCUAUUUGUCAAUUGAAGAGGAGUAAAUGUGCUUACUUUCCAGCUGAGUCUAGCGACUCUUUGGAAGAUAAAGAGCUUCCUUUGAAUCGGAUUAAGGCAUUUCCUUCUCAGUUUGACGAUGAUGAUAGCCAUCCUCAUCACAGUUCAUUGAAUGAACAGAACUCUUCUUCUGGAUUUAUGGAAAAUGCCGAAUCUGACUCGUCCGAAACUGACUCUUCUAAUGACUCUGAGUCUGAUUCUUCUGAGACUGAGCCGGAUGUGGAUGAUGAAAUGACUAUUUUUCCAGGUGCUGCUAUACCUACAGAAGUUGAACAAAAUGCUCUGAGACUGCCUGAAGCACCUAGAGGACCUGGAAGCACAAGCAGUGAGGAUCAGGAUGAAUUAGCUUUUCCUGCUGAAAUGACUCAUCUUUAUCCUGAUGACCCUUUUCUUGCUAAUGCGGCAGUGUCGAAAUGGCAAUUGAAAGGGAAAAGGAAUAUCCGACAUCUUACCAAAAAGUCUGCAGAUAGAGCUGACAGAAAAGUUUUGAAUGGUCUUCUUCAUGGAACCUAUCAUGGGAUAAAGGGUAGCAUUCUGGGCCAAAGGGCAUAUGCUGUUCAUGAUGCUGAUUUCGACACAAAAUAUUUUGGGACCCAAGUGUUUGGGCCAGAUAAUGGGCGUUAUUCAUAUACAUCUAGAUUGGCAUCCAAAGGCAAAAUUAGAAGUGGUCAUAACAAUAUUGAUUGGAGGGGCAUGACUUGGGAGGAUCGUCCUGCUUUUAGAGGACAUUGGGAGGACGGGAUGGAGCGUUUCAAUCCAAUAAUUUUUGGCCGUUAUCAUUCUGGCGGAAGGGCAAGAUCCAUGUUGAUAGAUGUGGAUUUGAAGGUCCAAGCUAGCUAUCAAAAAGAACCUGUUCCUCUUGUUUCUCUUAGGAGCAAGUUAGAUGGGAAGGCAAUAAUAGGGCAUCCAAUCCAAAUUGAAGCCCUAGAAGAUGGAUCAUCGGAAAACCUCAUUCCUACAGAUGAUUAUCAUAGCACCGAAGCAGUUGACUAUGAUGGAAAUACAUCAUCACUUCCACCAGCUUGGAGAACUGCUAGAAGGACCGAUUUUAGGGUCCCACGCCCUCAUUUGUCUUCAGUGUUGGGUGCUGAAGAUUCUGCUGAGGAUCCUCCUUUUAUAGAUCAGGAUGGAAGAUCUCCGUUUAAGAAGUCAAGUGUUGGUAGUUUCGGCCAGAAGGCAAGCCUGGUACGGAAGGGCCUUACACACAUUUCCCGUCCUCCUCCAAUGGAUAGAAAAUUUCCAAGAAAGCUGCCAAAGAAAGCAAGCUUAGCAUCUAAUCAAAAAACAAGAACCCUAUCGUCAAUUGGUAUUCAACAAAAUUUCGGAACUAAGCCCAUACAUUUUAGUAGCAGUGGCCAAAUGGAUGGACUUAUCAAACCUGAAACAUCUGGGCCAACUACUGUUGCCUGUAUACCUGUCAAAUUAGUUUUCAGUAGGUUACUUGAAAAGAUCAAUAGACCUCCUUCAAAAGCAGCAUGUAAAGUGGUUAUGUCGAAUAGAGAUGCAGAGGGACAGCCAUCAUAGAUGACAUGUACAUUGCUAUAUGUGCUCACUAAUACUGCAGAUGCAAUAAUUGUUUGCUAAUUUCCUCUUUUUGGCAAAAGUAUUCUGCACCCGUUAUACAUUGUUGGCAUUUUCUGCGUGAGGGUUCUGUUACCUGUUUCUUGACCAUUAGAUUUAGCAUGGAAGAAACCAUAUACAGUGAACGUGUUCAACGCAAGGUUAUAGCGAUGUUAUGACGGGGAUGCAGAAAAGAGCUUUUGGUAGGCUGAAAAGAAGGUAAUCACUAGUCAUUACAGAUAGAAGCGGGUAGUUUGAAAUUCAGUUUAGAUAUAUGUACAUUUUAUUUCCAUAUGAGCUGAUGUUUUUCAGGUUUUCUUUUAUAUUUAUUUAUUUGAAAAAUAUAGAGAAACCUAGUACAGUUGGGAUCGAGUUAGUCUUUCCUUUUGUAUCUAUAGUUUUGUUUGCAUGAGCAAUCACUGGACGGACUGGUUAGAGCUAUGGCCUCGUGCUUUGGCCAUUGUGCUCCUGUAAAAUAAUAAGUACACUCUGUAGGCUAGACAAAUAUGUUGUAUGAUGCACAAAGUGCAAAACUUCCAAAAAGAUAGAUACAUGUUUCAAAUGAACAAUUUUCAACUGUGCGUUAUUCUUUUCAUCUGGAA